UGCAUAUCACCCAUUAACCAAUUACUUAAUUACUUAAUUGUUUCUCCUCCCAUGGCCCCCACAUGUAAUACACACAACCUGCCACUCUCAUCCCUAACCUGCCAACCUAUGUGUAUAAAUUCCCAGCUCCUUCCCUCCCAUCUGAGAAGAAAGCAGCAGCAGCAGAGAAUUCAUCACCCAGCAAGAUCAGUCAGGAUCAGCUAGCUAAUAAGCUAGCUACAAGCUUGAUUAGUCACAAAACCACAAGACAAUUAGCUAGAAGUAUAUACUGAGAUGGGUGAGGAGGAGAAGAUCAUGGCAGCUGGGAAGAAGAUGGUGAGAGUGAGGGAGUUCAUCAUGGAGAAGGACUUACCGGCGGUGGAGGAGCUCGAGCGCCUCUGCCAGGCCGGCCUCUCCGGCGACAACGGCGCCGGCGGCGGCGGCGGCAAGAAGAAGAAGAGAGGCAUGUCGCUCUACGCCGAGCAGAUCGGCGACCCGUUCGCCCGGGUUCGCCAUGCUCCGGACCACGUCAUCCUGGUCGCUGAGUGUGGAGACGAGGUCGUGGGAGUGAUCAAGGCGUGUGUCAGGAUGGUGACCAGAGGCAGCAGCAGCAGCUUGAGGAAGACGAAGACGAAGACGAACAAGUUUGUCAAGGCGGCGUGUCUUCUUGGCCUCAGGGUGUCGCCGUCUCACAGGAGGCUCGGGAUCGCGACGGAGCUGGUGCGGAGAGCGGAGGAGUGGUGCGCGGCGAGGGGCGCGGCGUACGCGACCAUGGCGACGACGGCGUCGAACGCGGCGUCGCUCGCGCUGUUCCAGGGCCGGUUCAAGUACGCGCUGUUCCGGAAGCCGCGGUUCCUCGGCCACCCCGUGCACCGGCACCGGGCGCGCGUCCCGCGCGCGCACCGCGUGCUGCAGCUGCCGCCGCCGCUCGCCGCGGCGGCCUACGCCGCGCUGCUCCCCGCGGCGGCGGCGGCGCCCGAGUUCGUCCCCGCCGACCUCCCGGCGCUCCUCGCGCACAAGCUCACCCGCGGCACGUACCUCGCCGUCGAGCGGAGCCCCGGCGCCGGCGCGCCGUCGUCGUUUGCGGUGCUCAGCGUGUACGACGCCACGCGCUCCCUCAGCUUCCGCGUCGGCGGCGCGCCGCCGCUGCUCCGCGCGUCGCUCGCCGCGGCGCGCGCGCUCGACCGCCGCGCGCCGUGGCUGCGCGUCCCUUCCGUCCCCGACGUCUUCCGCCCCUUCGGCGCCUACCUCCUCUACGGCCUCCACAUGUCCGGCCCGGCGGGCGCCGCGCUCCUCCGCACGCUCUGCCGCCACGCCCACAACGUGGCGCGCAACAACCCGGCGUGCGCCGUCGUCGCCGCCGACGUCGCGCCCGACGACCCGGCCGCCGCCGCCGUGCCGCACUGGCGACGCUUCUCAUGCGACGAGGACGUCUGGUGCAUCAAGAAAAUCACGUCCGUCGCCGCCAACGGCAAUGCCGCCCCCGCCGCCGGCGACGACGACGACUGGACGACGGCGCCGCCGUCGUCCGUCCUGUUCGUGGACCCUCGGGAAUUCUGAAACUCCAUUCAGUUUUGGUAUUCUGACGACGUUGUAAAUACAUCACCAUACAUGACGUGUGUGAGCUGCAAGCUUUGCAAAUGGAUGCAAAAAAAAAAAAAGAAAUUCAUUGCAAAUUUGCAGCUUGGAAUAUAGAUAAAAAAAAAUUACACCCCAAUAGUGUAGUAAGUUCAAUUAGCACUUGCCUCCUACUAAGUCUAAACCCUGAAGAUUCCAUCAUCAAAAUGGACCAGAUUAACUGUGUAACAAGAGAAAAAUAACACAUGUGCAAAUCACAGAUUCAGACAGCCUGUGCUUGGGUCCUCUCUUGCUGUCAUCAA